UAAGAACCUAAAAGCUACCAAAGCUGUUGUCAUUUUCAAGAUGCUCGCUGUGAUUGGCUAGAAACCCAUCUGAAUUGAGAUGACUAAGAAUUGUACAGCGCUGUACUGUAGUGCCCCAACCCCAACGGUUUGCAGUGGUCCGCGCCAAACAAUAGCGCAUGUGGGUGCUGCCGAGCCCGCUGAACCGCCUGAAGAUUGGCUUCUGGAGAGGGGGGUGGCGUCGGCGUGUCAAGCCCCCUAGCAACGAGACCUCGGUAGACGCUGCCACUUCUCCGCAUCGCAUGCCUUUUGAUUGUCAACGGCAGCCUUGCUCGCCGUUUUUCUAAUUUAUUUUUGCUGGUUUUCAGGACAAUUUGCAUCUCUUGUUGCUCUCAUAAUCCAAACUAAACCACCAAAAUGGCGCGCAACAUUCGCGCCAGAGCUCUCGAGAAGAUUGCGUCACUGUCUGCCUCGAGCACCAACACCUCCUUUGACAAGUCCGACCUUGAUAGACUUUGCCGAGCAUGCCAUUCAGGCAAUCGUGGACGAGAGAAUGGUGCGGCAGGAUACUCCAAUAAACAGGGAGGCUCUCUAGGCCGUGUGCCUAUGUCCAACCGCGAAUUCGAGGUUCUUGUCGCCCUCUGCAAGGCCGCUCCCAAUGUCACCUCCGCUGCCAGUGCCCAGAAGCUCUCUUUCCAAUUGAUUCCGUACAUUCUGGAGGCGCAUUCGCAGGCAUUCGUUCCCUCGCCGUACUUCCGAAACCUUCAAACCUCGCCCUCCGAGUCGCUCGCUUUCCAUGUUACUGCAGCUCUGCUCUCUCUUGGUAUCAACUUUGAAGAGCUCAAGGAAACCGUUACCGAUGGAAUCUGGGCCUUUACCAACUCUUGCAGCAGGGCUACUGAGAGCGUUUUGUCGCCUUCUUCGACUCAAGGAGAGAACGCCUCCGUUGCCGACGCCAUUCGAGCCGUUAAUAUUGCCGUAGCAAUUUUGGGUUUCCUCGAUGCCGCAUCCUCCCAGGCCGACUUUUGGAAGGCUAGCAGUCGAUUGGGCCUCAUCCAAAAGGUGAGACAGCUUCUGUCCGAACCUUUCAUGGUGGCUCUUGAGACCGCGCUGUCGACCAUUCGAAACUCACACAGCGAAGAUCGCGAGCUUAAGGAGUGGAAGCGACAGCUGCGCCAAUACAAUGCUGCAGGCAGACCUUUGGGUACCAUGCUUCUGCAGCGAAGCUUCAUGUGGCUUGUCCUCGCAAGCACUUCUCUGAUGGUUGCCGACGGCCCUGAGUUGCGCAAGGCCCAUGUCCUCGACCUGCUUAUGGAUGAUGAGACCAAAUUCCUCGAGGAACAAAACGGCGCUCGCGUCCCUGACGCUCACUCAAUUGAGCUCCAUGCCAACUUUGCUAGCGAGCAGAUGAACUACAUCGAGGCUGGUGCUGACUUUGCGCGUCUCGGAUCCGCGUCCCAGCAGAAGCUGGCCUAUGCAGUCAAGUCUGCGGCAAUGGUGUCUUACCUCAACUGCUCUCUGUUGAACGAAGAUGCUGCUGACUCGGACGUUCUCUUGGCCUGGCUCCAGGAAUCUCUUGAUGACCCUACGCAGAUGGAUGACGAGACCCUCGCCGCUACCGUGUUGCGAUGCUUGGCCCUGAUUUGCCGCAUCACGCCCACAUUUGCCCCAGUUGUUAGCCGGGUUCUCCCUCGUUACAUUGUCCAAGCUAUCCCUAAUGGAGAUACUAUGGAUGUGGCCUCCAAGAGCCUCGGUUCUGUUCUGCAGAUGCUUUCCAAGGACGCUGUUAUUAGCACGCUGUACUCUUUGGGCAAUGUCUUGAGCCCCGAUACUGAAGGUACCAUUGCUAAUGAGAUGAAUGGCGCUAAGGAUGGACCCAAUGCCGUCUACCCUCAUCGCAAGUCUGUGGGAAGUGACCUUUCUUUCCAGAUGACUGGCGCCGAAGACACUACUGUUGUCUACGGAAAUGUUGUCAAGGCCAUUUGUGGUAUUGCGGAAGCUCGCCAAGACGAAAAGAUCACCGCCCUUGCCCAAUCUAUGCUGGUCCAGAAAUUCGACAAAGUCAACGGUAGCGUUGACGCCCAUGUUAUAUGGGGAGCUGCUUAUCUUUCCCUGCAUGGUGGACAGAUGGAAUUCCGAUCCCUGCUCAAGCUAUUCAACAGAGUCUGCCACACUGGUGUGAUUAACAAGCAGGAGCAUAUACUUGCCGCUAUCCAGAAGGGCAGAACACACAUUGCCAGCAACGUAAAGCGAGACUCUCCCUUCUUUGACAUCUUCUGGGACCAUCUUCUGGAAAGUAUUGUUGCCUUGGGUGAUGGAUACUCUCAGGGCCAUGCGAAGGAGUCCGAUGUCGAACUAGCUGCUCAUGAGAUUGGCGAGCUGCUCCAUCCUCUCGCAGGUCUCAUGUCUAAGCAUGACAUGAACGCAAACCCACUAGGUGAUGACGAAUCGUACUCCGUUCUGCGCGACGCAUGGUUCAAUAUUGUCGUUCAUGGAUUCAGCACUUCCACAGAACGCGGAAAGAAGUACAUCAAUGACCUUCGACUGAUUGCCGUCCACUCGCCACCUCUUGUUGCCGAACAGCGUGGCGAACAAGUUGAGAGUGAUAUUGAACUCAACACGGUUUUGCGACGAGGAAACAGCAGCGAGCGCGAGUCUGCCCAGAAGAAGCUUCUCUCUGAGCUUAUCCCAACAAAGGCUUCCGACAUUCGCAGCCUCAGCUAUCGCAAGGUCAUCUUCCUGCACGCUGCUUACCUCGUUGAGAGCCUGCGUGCUGACUCUGGGGACUGCACCAAGGUGAUCUCUUACUUCCUUGAGCCUAGCAUGCGCCGAGCUGAAGUGAAGAGCACCAUGGAUGGUGUCACGGCUGGCGUCAUGGACAAGUAUCUCCGCCGCACCCUCAGUGGUAACGACUCUGCCUUCUCUGCGCAGUAUGCUGCAAAGCAGCUAGCGGCAAUCUUUUGUCUAUGCUGCCACCGCAUUGAGCGUGUUCAGCAGGCUGCUUUCACCUGCGCAGACCGCAUCCUUCGCGACGUGCCCUCGGCGCUUUGCUACCGCUCAUCGCUUUUUGCUCUUUUGGAGCUCCUCACUCUCAUGUGGGAUGGUUGCCUGGAAGCCGAGACAGACUCUUACUCGCCUCGCUCCAUCUUCACCUCCGAGCGUGGAAACGUGACUGUCAAGUUGUCUGAUGACUACGAAUUCCGCCGUUGGACCCUGGACAACUUUAACCGCAAGGCCAAGGUCUGGGUCAGCUCUGCCAUUAACCUGGCCCCUCUGGACAUCAAGGGCCUGCUUCAAACCUACCUUUCCGAGUUUGAUGAUGAAGGUGCCUAUGGUCAUGUCUCCAUGGGACGCUCCUUUGCGCUCGAGCUCGGCUCCUUUGUGCCCACCACUGACAACCGCCUGCAGGCUCUCGACAAGAUUGGUGACUGCAGCAUCAACACCGCCUCGGAUUUUACCGCUCAGUACACCACUCGCCAGGAGUAUCGAUAUGGCGAGACGUUGCCUGACCGCGGCACGGAGAUUAUGAGCUUUAUGGACGCGCGUAGAAAGCCGUCCUUUAGCCAAAACUCCGUUAUGGAGAGCGCUAGUGCUGCUACGGCUCUCGCUUACCUCGAAGCCCGCAUUCUUAGCAGAAAGACGACUUCUUUGGACGAGGUUCGAGAUAUCCUGCGUCGUGCUGCUGCUCUGCUCUGCCGAAGCGAGCGUGACGAAUCUGCUGUUGCACGCUACCUCAUCAGCAUUCCGUUCUCCAUCUUCAGCAAGCAGUCGAUUAAGCUCGGCGCUUCGCUUUGGCUUGGUGUCAUCAACGAAAACCCGCUGCUUGAGCCUAAGCUCCUCAAUGGUAUCGCACAACAGUGGGAGUUUACGAUUACCCGCAAGGUUGGCCUUUUCAGCCCUGCGUUGACGCACCCGGAUCCUUUCUUGCUGAAGGAGAAGUUCGCACCUAGCGAGCUUGAGCAGAUGGCCAAGAAGAGGCAGCAAGUGCACGAUCUCCUAUCGCCCCAUACCCGUCUCUUGCAGUUCUUCGUCAGCCAUUUCAAUGCCACGCGCCUGUCCAGCCCUAACAUCCAGCGCGUCUUCUUGCGCAUGAUGGACCUUACUCUGGACGCCCUCAAGGACUGCACCCCUCACCCAAUGGCUCGUGAGGUUCGCUUCUCCAUUGUACUCUUUGGUCUCAAGCUCCUCCGCUCCAGCACUGCCAUUGGAGCCACUGCUCAGUGGCGCCUCAAGGACAAGAUCUUGUCUGCUGGUCUCAGCUGGUUCCGCCACUCACCGCGAUGGUCGUUUGGAGGCAGCCAGCUCCAACUCAAGACUGAGGUUCGUCUGCUAAACGAUGUUCUUGCAGGCAUGAAGGCCGUCUCAUUCAUCGGUGCCCACACUGUGGGCAGCGUCAAGUCUCUUCACACAAAGGAACAGCUUCUGCAGAUUCUCUUGGAGAGUGAGCAGACCAGACUCACUGUUUGGCUCAACCCUCUCGGCAAGCAAGGACACGGCAGCCACUUGCAGCCCAUCCACCCCAAGUCCAUCCCGGAGUCUGCUUUGCUUCCGUUGGUGCGCACGGCUUGGUUCCAGCACCCUGCCAUCGCCAUUGAACUCGCCACUAGAUUCCAGUACCCUCGCUUGCACAGCGAUGUCAGGCAACUGGUUCUCGGCAUGCCUGAUCGCGCAAUCAACGAAGCGGACGCCAUCCCUCUAAUCUUUGGCGGUCACCUUCCCAGCGAUGUCAGCUCGCAGCUUAAGUAUCUGCUGUACUGGGAGCCUCUCAACCCCAUCACUGCUGUCACCCUCUUCAUGCCUGCGUACAAAGAGCAUCCUUUCAUUAUGCAGUAUGCCAUGCGCUCGCUGGAAAGCCAUUCGACCGACGUCACGUUCUUCUACGUACCGCAGAUUGUCCAGGCGCUGCGCUACGACUCCCUCGGCUACGUAGAGAGAUUUAUCCUCGAGACCGCGCAGUUCUCGCAGCUCUUUGCCCACCAGAUCAUCUGGAACAUGAAGGCCAACUCUUACAAGGACGACGACGCGCAGGUCCCCGACGACAUCAAGCCCAAGCUCGACGGCGUCAUGGAGAAGAUGGUCAACAGCUUUGUCCCUGCCGAUCGCGAAUUCUACGAGCGCGAAUUCUCCUUCUUUGACGAGGUCACCGGUAUCUCCGGUAAGCUCAAGCCGCUCAUCAAGCGCCCCAAGCCCGAGAAGAAGCAGAAGAUUGAGGAGGAGCUGCGCAACAUUAAGCUCGAGGUCGGCGUCUACUUGCCCAGUAACCCUGACGGUGUCGUCAUCGGCAUUGACCGCAAGUCUGGCAAGCCGCUCCAGAGUCACGCCAAGGCCCCCUACAUGGCCACGUUCCGCAUCCAAAAGACGCUCAACUCUGGUGAUUCCGACGAGCUCGACGACCCUACCAGGAGACAGGACAGCGACGAUGACGACAAGUCUCCCGCCACCAUUGAAACAUGGCAGUCUGCCAUCUUCAAGGUCGGCGACGACUGCCGACAGGAUGUGCUGGCUUUACAGAUGAUCUCGGCCUUCCGGGGCAUCUUCCAAAACGUGGGCCUGGAUGUUUGGGUGUUCCCGUACCGCGUGACAGCCAGCGGUCCCGGAUGUGGUGUUAUCGACGUGCUUCCCAACUCCAUCUCUCGAGACAUGGUUGGCCGUGAGGCUGUCAACGGACUCUACGACUACUUCAUCUCCAAGUACGGCAACGAGGACUCGCUGCGCUUCCAGCAGGCCCGUAUCAACUUUGUCAAGUCCAUGGCUGCCUACUCCAUCAUUUCCUUCCUGCUGCAGUUCAAGGAUCGCCACAAUGGCAACAUCAUGAUUGACGAUGCUGGCCACAUCAUCCACAUUGACUUUGGCUUCUGCUUCGACAUUGCUCCUGGUGGCGUCAAGUUUGAGCGUGCUCCCUUCAAGCUCACCCGCGAGAUGAUGGCCGUCAUGGGUGGCUCGACCACUCACCAGAGCUUCAAGGCCUUUGAAGAGCUCUGCGUCAAGGCCUUCCUUGCUAGCAGACAGUACUGCGAGAAGCUUGCCCAGAUUGUUCUGCUCAUGAUGGACAGCGGCUUGCCCUGCUUCAAGCCCGACAGUGUCAACCAUUUCCGCCAGCGCUUCGUCAUGGAGAAGAAUGAUCGUGAGGCGGCUGAUUUUAUCAAGGACCUCAUCAAGAAGAGCUACUCUAGCUACAGUACUGGCGUCUACGAUCAGUUCCAGCUGCUCACCAACGGCAUCCCUUACUAAACAUGCUUGGGUGGGAUACUGCUCACAAGUUGUACUUGACCGAUUGCAGUUCUGUUUUCAUUCUUUUGAUUGUAUUUCUUAUUUUCUUUGUAUUAAACAAAAAGAGAGCGGCUACUUAGUCCAGCCAGUGGUAUGCUCGCUACUACGAGCUCAACUUUUGCUAAUUCUAAUACUAUUGAGAUUUUUCUUUUUAAUUCCAAGUAUUUUGCCCGCCACACAUUCUCCCCCGUCGCUAUUGUAUGCAAAUAUAUGUGUUAUGAAUUGAGUAGUAUGUUCGAUAUGGUGAUUGUACAGGGAGACCCGGCGUGUGUAGGGCGUUGCCGUCUAUGCAACUGACUGCUUUUGAAUAUGCGUAGGCGCGUUGUAACUGGUAUAGUCGACGUGGACGAAGGCUCUGUCAACAAUAGGCACGGACUCGAGGAAAUAUGUAAGAACUUCACUGAGAUCGUGGCUGUCCUUGAGAGGCGUGAUGGCAGAGAGCACAAUGUCGACCUCCACAAAGAGCUUGUCACCAGCGUGAUACGCGCGCAAGUUCUGAAUCUGGCGAAUAGCUGUGGCGAAGCGCAUGGUCAGAUAGAGGAGCAAGUUUCGCUCGUCAGGCUGUGCCGAGAAACCAGUCAAGUUGCGAACGUGGUGAGCAGAGGUUUGGGACCAGGUGAAGAUAACAACGAGCGACAGCAGGAGACCACCCGUGGCAUCGAGCCACCAGACACGACCAUAGAAACCAAUGAUGGGAAACAGGAUAGAGCCAAUGUUGAAAAUGACGUCGGUCUUUGCGUCUUCGGCCCUAAUGUUUAUGUUAGCAAACAAGUCCACUGGUAUUUGCUCUUUGCAUGGAAUACGUACAGAGCACGGACGCUGGAGUUCUUCACCAAGCGGCACCAGAUCCAGCAGCCGCCUUUGAUAAAGACGGUGCUGGCCAUAAUGAUGAUGGCGGGAGCACCAAGCUCAAUGAUUUCACGAUCAGGGGAGGCGAGGCGCUGGAUACACUGCAGAGUGACCUGGCAGAAACAGGUAAUCAUGAUGAUGGAAAAGACGAGAACGCCAAUGGGCUCGAGUCUAUGAGAGCUGGUUAGUAGAUUGUUUCACGUAUGAUGAGAGCACUCAAUGCAUACCUUUUUCGGCCGACGGGAUAGCUAUGGGCAUCUUUGUGACUGGACGAAAUCAGGCGCGUGGUUGUCCAAACAAUGGCGGUACUGAGGAAAUCAAGAAUGGCAUCAACAAGCGAGGCAAGCACCGACAUGGACGGGACGGAAAUAAUGACAACAAUCUUUCCGACCAAGAGGACCACGUUGGCGAUGAGGUUGACGUAGAUGGCCAAUGUGACAAUGGGGUCAUCACUGUCAACCUCGGCGUCUUCGAGCCAAGGCAGAAUAGGUCGAGGGCCGUCUUCCAGGUCCACAUUGGGGCGCUUGCUAGGAAGAGGUCUGGCAACGUUUAUUUCAUGAUCACUGUCGUCUUCAUCAUCCUGGUGAGCCAGCAAGGCUAGGUUCUCGGACGAGCGGAAGAUGUCCUUGGGUGUGCGUUUGGCGGGCAGCGAGUUCUUGACGGGACCGAGGUUAGGCGAUGGAACGGUGUUCAUCGUGCCAUAUGAAGCUGCAAGCUGAAACGCAUCGGAUUGACCAAGCGAAGAAGAGCUGGCAGAGCCGCCACCGUUUACCUCUUCUGUAAUGGUAGCAGGCACGUCGAGAGGACGGAAGGCAGAUGCCUCUAAGUCGACCGAGUAUUCGUUGAGAAGUUCGUGGGGAAUCGAGGAGUCAAGCAGACAGUCAAUGUACAUGUACUGCUGAAUCAGAUCGUUUGUUCGCUCGUAGUAUUCGCGGCUAGUGUAUCGCAUUAGCGAGUUUCUUCUCACGAGGUGCAGGACUGGCGAGCUCUGACUUACAUUGCCGGCGUCAUGUGCGCGAGCUCGUCUUCAGAUUUCCAGUAUCGCUCCCAACGGUAUCGCGGGUUGCUUUUGCCCAGCAGGUUUAUGCUGCGAACCUGGGGGCCGUGAAGAAUCUGGCUAAGACGAGUCUCAUCUCUCAACAGAGCCUCAAUCUCGUCAUCAUCGGCAGGUCGGGGGUUGCGCGGACGGCCUCUGGCUGAUUCUUCAUCGUCAGAGCCAUAGUGGCGGCGAGACCUGCUCAGGUUUCGCGGGCUGUGAAGGCUCUGGUGCGAUCGGCUGUGCAUGAGGUUGGUCAGAGUGCCGGUUCUGGUGUGCAAGCUGGAUGGAUAGUGGCCAUCCUCGAGAGCGACGAGAGAUGACCGGCGGUUGGAUGAAGGCGAAGUCAUUGCGCUUAGGCUGCGAGUCAAAAGAGAGCUUCAGGUCAAAACAACAACGACAGCAGAGACAAUGGACAAGGCGCGAUGAUGAACAAGGCCUUGAACUUUUGGCAACCUGUCAGGAAAGGGCUUCCGUGGCGGCCUCCGCGUUUGGUUGCGUUGGAAUGUUGCAGCGGGCCAAAUUAGUUUGCGCACGAUGACACUGGUCCUAGUCGAUCUGCUGUGACAGGUGCACCACGGGGCAGCUUAGCAGCAAAGCCAGCAGGUAAUUCGAGUCUUGGCACAAGGAGAGUAUCGCGUAGAGGUAGAGUUUGAUGUUUUGGAGAUGGAAGCCGACUUUUUUUCCUCGGACUUGUCAACGGUUGAGCCGAGUAGUGGAUCUCACUGCCAGCCAAGAUUUGGAGAGAUAAGCCUGUCAGAGCGCCACAAGGGAGUGACUUUAAUUCUUCUCCAGGGGCUUCGAUAAUCUAGGUGCAACA